AGGAGUGGUAUAUCAGGCUGGCUGCAUCAGGAAUACAGAGAAUUAGAGCUGUUGAAUGAGGUCACAAGGCUACAGUACCAUAGAAAAAUUCCUACAAGUGUUGGUGGAGUAACAAGGAAGCAGGUGAUCUACACAUACAGACAGUGGAUGGAAGAUGACUUUGUACCCAACAGCAUGCCCAAACAUAUCAGAUGGUCAAAGGAACAGCCAUGGCCAAGCUAUGAGCCUGAUAAUGAUGAAGGCUGGAGAAUUGUAACCAACAAGUCAUCAAAGAAGAAUAGUUAUCAGUAG